AUCUACCCUCUUAGUAGCAGCAGAGUCUACAACUGUAGUUCCACACCACUUGGCAAGUUUGGCUCGUAUUUGGAGUGUCGCGGUGAAACAAAACCUCCAGUCUUUCCUCCUGUCUCGGUUCCCUUCAUCUCCGCGGUACCAUCAGCCUGCACGAUGACAGGAGCCGGACUAUCUUCAGGCGGUAUGCUGUUGCUCUGCUUUGUCUCUACCGCAAUGUGCAACAUAUUCGCCUUCACCGAGGAGCCCUUGGAGAGAGUCGGGAAGGCAGACGGUUAUUGCAGUCGGAUAUUACGGGCUCAGGGCACUCGGAAGGAGGGAUACAACGAGUUUCGCCUCCGUGUUGAGGGAGAUCCGGAGAACUACCAGCCAGGCAGCACUUACAGAGUGACUUUGAUUGCAACCAGUCCCUCUUACUUCAGAGGGUUCACCCUUAUUGCCCUGAAGGAGGGCAGGGAAGGAGACAAAGAUGAGGACUAUGCUGGAAAUUUCCAGAUCAUUGAUGAGGAGGAAACACAGUUCAUGACAAAUUGUCCUCCUGCGGUGACAGAAAGCACUCCUCGCAGACGCACCAGCAUUCAGGUGUUCUGGACUGCGCCCCCUAGUGGCUCCGGCUGUGUCAUCCUCAAGGCAAGCAUUGUACAGAAAAGGAUCAUCUAUUUCCAGGAUGAAGGCUCACUCACCAAGCGAAUGUGCGAGAAAGAGUCUUUGUAUGGGGACACCACAGACAAGCCUUUGCUCGACUGUUGUGCCUGUGGAACUGCCAAGUACAGAGUCACCUUCUACGGGAACUGGUCAGAGAAGAUUCAUCCCAAAGACUAUCCCCGUCGUGCUAAUCACUGGUCAGCCAUCAUUGGUGCAUCCCACUCGAAGAACUAUGUGCUAUGGGAGUACGGUGGCUUUGCCAGUGAAGGGGUUAAACAAGUGGCUGAGCUGGGAUCCCCUGUCAAAAUGGAAGAGGAGAUUAGACAGAAGGGUGAUGAUGUUUUGACAGUCAUCAAAAUGAAGGCGCAGUGGCCAGCGUGGCAACCGCUGAACGUACGGGCCGCACCCUCAGCAGAGUUCUCAGUGGACCGGACCCGUCACCUCAUGUCCUUCCUGACCAUGCUGGGACCCAGCCCAGACUGGAAUGUCGGCCUGUCUGCUGAGGACCUGUGUACCAAGGAGUGUGGGUGGGCCCAGAGGGUGGUCCAGGACAUGAUCCCCUGGGAUGCAGGCACUGACAGUGGGGUGACUUAUGAGUCUCCCAACAAGCCGACAGUGCCCCAGGAAAAGAUCCGUCCCCUGACCAGCCUGGAUCAUCCACAGAGUCCUUUCUAUGACCCUGAGGGGGGCGCCAUCACCCCUGUGGCCAGGGUGGUGGUGGAGCGCAUUGCCAGGAAGGGUGAACAGUGUAACAUCGUGCCAGAUAAUGUGGAUGACAUUGUAGCAGAUAUAGCCCAGGAGGAGAAAGAGGAAGAUGAUACCCCUGAGACAUGUAUCUACUCCAACUGGUCUCCAUGGUCCGCCUGCAGUUCAGCAACUUGUGAAAAGGGCAAGCGGAUGAGGCAGAGGAUGCUGAAAGCCCAAUUAGACCUUAGUGUGCCCUGCCCACACACUCAGGAUUUUGAGCCUUGCAUGGGACCUGGCUGCAGCGAUGAGGAUGCCUCCACCUGUAUGAUGUCCGAGUGGAUCACCUGGUCCCCAUGCAGUGUGUCCUGUGGGAUGGGCACUCGCUCCCGGGAACGUUACGUUAAGCAGUUUCCUGAUGAUGGCUCAGUCUGCACCCUGCCCACAGAGGAGACUGACAACUGUGUCGUUAACGAAGACUGCUCCCCCAGCAGUUGCCUUGUUACAGAGUGGGGUGAGUGGGAUGUCUGCAGUGCCACUUGCGGCCUUGGAAUGAAGAGGAGAGAGCGCAUGGUGAAGAUACCUCCUGCUGAUGGCUCGAUCUGUGGGGCAGAGGUUUUGGAGGUGGAGAAGUGCAUGAUGCCAGAGUGUCACACAAUCCCCUGCAUGCUGACUCCGUGGUCAGACUGGAGUGACUGCAGUGUGACAUGUGGGAAGGGUUUACGGACACGCCAGCGAAUGCUCAAGUCCCCCGUGGAGUUGGGAGAGUGUACAGAAGAGCUGGAACAAGUGGAGAAGUGCAUGCUGCCAGAGUGUCCCACAGACUGUGUGGUGUCAGAGUGGAGCGAAUGGUCAGAGUGUAACAAGUCCUGUGGGAAGGGUCAUAUGAUUCGGACACGAAUGGUGAAGCUCGAGCCUCAGUUUGGAGGAGACCCCUGCCCUGAGACCAUCCAGAGGAGGAAAUGUAAGAUCAGGAAGUGCAACCGUGGCCAAGCGAAUAGUGAUGAGAAGAAACGACGCAAGGAGCAGCGAGAAAAGAGGAGGAGCAAACAGGGCAGGGGAGAGGUCACUGCUGAGCAUCCGGGGUGCAAAAUGAGGCCGUGGUCAAGUUGGACAGAAUGCACCAAGCUGUGUGGAGGAGGCAUUCAAGAACGGCUCAUGACAGUGAAGCUGAGGUUUAAGAUUGCCCAGCUGCCCAGCUGCAAGGACAGGAAGGAGAUCAGGGCAUGUAAUGUGCACCCCUGCUAGG